UAGGGAUCCAUCCCACACCCACAGCUGCAGUUUCAUGAAGUGGUUUUGGAACACCCGGCCAGCCCGGCCACUUCGGGCCCCCCAGAAGUGGGUCCCCAUUCUGGGCAAGCUGCAGAAGACCCUCCAGAAGGGUGAACACCUGCCCCUGCGUCCAAUGCCCAUGUUCGAGAGUAACUUCGUGCAGGUGACGGAUAUCGGCAGCCCCGUGUUCCUGCACCACAGAGCUAACCGGGUGACCAUGGGUGUGGCUGCCUCCCUGCCCAGCCUGAUGCUGCCAGACCUCCUGCUCAUGGCAUGCCCCCAGGCCAGGAGUGGCUCCCACCUCGAGCUGACCAGGAUUGUCCCGCUGGACUGCGCCCGCCUCUAUGUGCACGACGUGUCCGCUCGGCGCCUGAAGCUGCGGCUGGUCACUGGCCGUUGCUACUACCUGGACCUAGAUGCUCCAGAACCCGAGGUGGCCUUCCUGUUCGACUGCUGGGUGCGCCUUGCACACCUACUGCAGGAGCCGGCUGCUGCCCGGUACCCCCGGCCCGUGAGCCCACCUGGCCGUGACGUGCCCCUGGCCACAGCGCCUGCCUCCACCUGGUGCCUGCAGGACCUGACCCACAGCAGCCGCACAGCCACCGUGGUGGAGCUCCCAUUUCCUCAGAGGCUGACGGUGCAGAAGCCGAGGAAGGCCAAGCGCAGGUUCACCUCCCGGGCCGUGGGCGACUCUGUGCCUCUCAUCUGGCCGCAGCAGGAGUGUGCUGACCUGAGGAAGAAAUCCAUGGAAAAGAGAUCCACCCCCCGUGUCGACCAUGACAGAUGUGCCAUCCAAGCCCAUGAUCCUGGGAAGGCCAGCAUCACCAUCCGCACCAUCUUCAGCGUCAUCUCCAGCACCAUCCAGCAGGCCUGCACACCUGAUUCUGAGGAGGUUGAGGGCCGGGAGGGUCUGAUUGCAACCCCUUCCCGCUGUGUCUCCCGGGACAGCCGCAACCUUUCCCCGCUGGGGUCCUGUGAUUCCCUGGGGAUGCUACUAUGGCAGCAAGACAUCGAGGACUUCGUGAUCCCGGAAUCCAGCGCUCUGUCCUCCUCCUGCUCAGUCGCUGCUUCACCCUCUCCUGACAAGGCCAGACACAUGCAUCGGUGGCUGGGUCAGCAGCCACCACACUCCCAGAAGACCCAGUCUCGUGCUGACCCACAGAGGGGGUCACCAGUCACCAGGCAGCAGCCGCAGAGGAUAUCAGCUGUCCCAGCCCCAUCCCGGAAGCCCCUGGCUGUGUCUGCUGGUCCCCAAAAGUCCCUGGCUGCCCCCUGCCCAUCCCAGAAAGCCACAGCUGUGCUCUCCCCACACCACAGGCCACUGCCUCAGACAUGGACAGGCCCACCUGCAGGCACAGGUCCCCAGAAGGCCAUGUGUCCCCCUGCCCCAGAGAAGGAGCCUCUGCCCCUGCCACGCUCGUCCCAGCAGAUGCCUGCCCCACAUCCCUGUGCCCAGGCAGCACCUAGUCACCCUGUCUUGAGGGAAAAGUGCCCAGCCCAGCUCUACACAGUGCUGGCAGGACCUCGUGGAGCAGAUGUGAUGGAGAAAAGCAAGUCUGAGGGGACACGGGUGGCCGGGGUUUUGGUUGGCACCCAGGAAAUGAAUGUGACAGAGAUAAGAACCCAGAAGGCGUCCCUGGACCUGCCCUGCACCACCACCACCAAGUCCCAGGAGGUGCUGCUCAGCCAAACCCAGGUCACCCUGGGGGAGUCGCGGGGCCAGGCAAAGUCAGAGGACACGGCCCAUAGGAGGACAGGGGCAGGGUCUCUGGGCCUGGCUGGUGUGAAGCCCAGGUGCGGGGAGCAGCAGCAGAAGUCGGUGAGGACCCAGCAGGUGGCCCUCAGGGCUCCUGAGCGGGAGUGCAGCAGGGCCUUCUCUGUGGAGGGGCUCAUGAUGGCCAAGCUGAUGAUCAUGGCCAACUCUAGAGAGCAGUGCUGGGGGCCACCCCAGGCUCCCCUGUCCUCCUGGCUCUUGGCGACUUCCCAGGCAGCAGCUGUGUCAGUGGAUGAUCCAGUCUCGUUGCCCUUGAACCCCAGCCAACUGUCCUUGCUGGAGCGGACACAAGUGGUUGUCAGGGGGCAGCCAGAGUCCUGCCCCUGGGGAAAGGAGAAAACACAGCGACAAACACAAGGGGACCCAAUUCGGGGCUCAAGGGGGCCUUCCCAAGGGCCCCUCAUCUCUGUGCCUGGCUCUGACAGCCCGAUGGUGACUGCGGACCCCCUGGUUCCCAUCCCUCUGCCUGCCUCACUGUGGGAGGACUUGCCACAGCCCCCCCUCCCGCCAGCCUCCAGUUUGGGGGCCAAAGCCCCGGCCAGGGUGCCCCAACAGCUCUCAAGGGCCCCCCAAGGGCCCUCAAGGGUCCCCAGGCAGCAUCCUGCAGCCAAGACAGUGUCAUCCUCAGAAGGAGUCCUGCCAACACUCUUGGAAAUUCAGAGUAUGAGGGACACGGCCACCAAGGCACAGAUGACAAAAGGGGACCUGGAAUUUCUUCACCCUUUGGCCAGCCUGCUGCAUUCCCAGUACUUUCAGUAGCGUGUCACGCGGUCUGCACCUCGAUGCCCAGCUGUGGAGCAGCCCUGCCGGUCCAGGUCCUGUGGAGCUAUGUACCCUUCCUCAUAGUGGUGGCAAGGCUGGUGACAGACCAAGCUCAAG